UUGUUUGAUAAAAAUAAUGAGCAAAUAUGUGGAUACAGUUCAACACUUGAAGAAAAAGCUGGACAAAGGAGUCUCCUAUGAUAAGACAUUACACAUCUUGCAUAAGCUCCAGAAGAUUCCCGUAACGAUCGACUUAUUAGCUCAAACAGGUAUCGGCAAAACUGUACGGACACUGAGCAAAGAGCACAGCGGCGGCGACAACGAUAUCGGCAAAACAGCCAAACUUUUGUGCUACACGUGGAAGGCGGCCGUCAAAGAGGAACAACACCGGGAACAGCAGUCAUCCGGUGGUGAAGAUGAUGAUAAUAAUGAUGAAGAAGAAGAAGAAGACGACGACGAUGAAGACGCCCGCAGCGAUCGCUACGACAAUGAUGUCGUGGGCGAUGACGUCAAGGAUGAUGAUAUUAUUGAUACUAAUAACUAUGACGAUGACGACGACGAUGAUGAUGAAGAAGAUCGCAGGAGUCCUCCGCCACCAACGCCGUCGCCGCCACCACCAGAAACUACCUCAAAGUCGUCAUCGAAAUCAAAGCGCAGUCAUAGCGACGAUAGAAAUAGUGAAAGAAAACGUAAGAAACAUAAGUCGUCGUCCAGUCAUCGUAAAAGUGAAUCAAAUGAUAGGUCGAAAACCGAAUUUGAGACACUGUUGGGUCUUAACGAUGAGAUUAGUAUCAGAAAUCAUAAGAAAAGUCGAAAAUCAGAUUCAAGUGAUCACCAUAAACAACAUAACCAUAAAAGUCAUCACAACAACAACAAACAUAUCAAACGUGAAGUCAUUGACGAAACGGUUAGCAGUCCAGUAAAGAAUGGCCGGACAAAAGAUUACUAUUCGCCGGUUAAGGUAAAACAUGAACGCAAAUCAAUGGAUUCGAUGGACAUAAUAUCGAGUCUACCGGUGGCCGACUAUAAGCCAUUGCCUAAUAAACAAGUUAUCGAUGAACGAGUUGAGGCCAACCGGCGCAACCAUAACAAACAAUCGCCAGUUAAGGCAAACACUGGCAAUCCAUUGAGUUAUAACGUGUCGAGCAAAAAGGGUCGGACGGCUGUGUUUGCCGGUAACGCCCGAACUAAAAUCAUUACACAUGUGGCCACUUUGGAGAAUCUUUGUGUCGAUGUCUUAAGUGAUAAUUACGAUCACAUUUAUGAUAUGCCUGUUAUUGAGACAAAAUUAUUGCAAAAAUUGUUGAAGAAGUGUACGGUUAGACAAUUGUCUCGACUCGAGAGACUCAAUCCACACAUAAUGGAUGAAACCGAUGGCUUUUGGAAAGAAAUUUGCAAAAAAGAGUUCAAAGGAUGCGAACGGCGGUCGUCGCGGGAGAGUUGGCGUGACUUAUAUAUCAGGUGUGGCGAAGAACGGGAGACUAAGCUGAAGAAUAUUACUAAAUUUAUAUCACGAAAACAGGAAAAAGCAGUACCAGUUAGACAAACACAGUUCUCGGAGAAUGUUAAGACUCCGCGUGAAAUACUACGCAAACAAGAAAAAUCAGGUUUUGUUCGUCCCAUUGCCGGAUCAAGUGGUGGUGGCGGCGGUGGUAGCAGUGGUGGUGGUUAUUCAUCCAAUCAUCUCGUCAAGAUUGUUCCCGAAAAGCCUAAAGUGGCACCACUGAUGAAGAAAGUACUUCAAAUGUCAAGAGCAAGAGUCAGGAGAUAACCGUAUAUUUAG